AUGGAGUUUCUUACUGCUGUUGUGCCACUCCUGGCUUCCAAUUUGGCUCACAUGCGCCAGGAGUUGCAGACGGUGUACGGCCUCCAUGUCGAGCUGGGAAGGCUGCAGAACUCCGUCUCCAUGAUUCAGGCCGUCCUGAGCGAGGCACAGGAGAACGAGCAAAGCAGGAACGCAGUGAAACACUUGCUGCCUGAGCUCAGUCAGGCUGCGUAUGAAGCAAAUGACGCCUUGGAUGAUGUUGCAACGGAGUGGCAACGCUGCCAGCUGAUCAAAUACGCAUCGGUACGCAACUUCCUUGCCCCUGUCAAUCCCAAACGUGAGAAAUUUAAGCGAGAAAUGGGUAUCAGGCUGAGAGAGAUCGAAAACAGGCUAAGUUACAUAGCAAGUAGAUGCCCCUUGCACAAUUUGCAUAGUGGAUCGCCGAGGCUGUAUGGCUACCAGACCACCUCACUGAGUCCUCCACGGCUUCUCGGUCGCGAGUUCGACAAGCAAAAACUAAAAGAAUUGUUGAUUCCGUUGAAUGAAGUAACUGGUUCGGGUGUCUCAGUGAUUCCAAUCUUUGGGAUGCCUGGUGUCGGGAAGACAACACUUGCACAGCUAGUCUGCAACGAUGAGUCUGUGAAGGACCAUUUCGAGCUCAGGCUUUGGGUUAAUGUGUCUCGUGACUUCGACUUGGUGAGGAUCAUGAGUACCAUCAUUGAAUUCAUAGAUGGAUUUCAGUGUGAUUUGGUCACCCUCAGCGAUCUUCAGAAUGAAAUUACAAAGAAGCUGAGUGGAAAGAGAUGCCUGCUUGUCCUGGAUGAUGUUUGGCAAGAAAGCCAGGAGUGGGAGAGGCUCAAAAGCUUCCUGUACUCUGCUGAUGAAGGAAGCAAGAUACUAGUGACGACUAAAAGUGAGCAGGUGGCUGCUUUCAUGGCGACUAAUUCACCUCCUUACCACUUGGAGGGCUUAUCGAGGGAUGACUGCUGGUCUUUGAUUUGCCAGUAUGCAUUUGCUCGAGAUCCUACUGCAACUUUUGCACUUGAAGGCUAUAGGAUUCUUGCUGUCAGCAAAUGCAAAGGUUUUCCUUUGGCAGCUAUUGCUCUGGGCCAAAGGCUAUUCAGAGAAGCUGACAGAAGCAAGUGGGGGGCAAUUUUGAGAAGCAACUCAUCGCCAUUGCCGCUGUCAUCGGGACUUUCAGGUGCCGACGGAAGUAUUAUGGAUGCAUUCAGCUUAAGCUACCAAAACUUCCCUCAAUAUCUCAAGUCAUGCUUAGCCUACUUCUCCAUGAUCCCUAAAGGUUCCGAGUUCGAGAAGGACUUCAUCAUUCAAUUGUGGAUGGCACAAAGCUUCAUCCAAACACGAGGAGAUGAGCAAGUGGAAGAUAUUGCCAAUGACUAUUUUGAUUCCCUCGUGCAGAGCUCAUUCUUGCAAUAUUCACGUUUCGAUCACAAGAGCCAUCAGCAUAGGUACAUGGUGCAGGAUGUCUUCCAUGAAUGUGCCCGAUGUAUUGCAGCAGAAGAAUGCUCUAACAUGGAGCCUGGCCUGGAUUUGCAUGUAGCAGCCAGCCUUCGCCAUUUAUCAGUGAACUAUGAACAAUUUGCAGCGAGUUUCCCUUGGUUUCAGGGCCACAGCUAUCUGUACGAGGAAGUGUACAAGUGCAAAGGCUUGCAGUCACUGCUACUGAUUGGCAAUUCCACAAAUGGCCCAACAAUGGUAGUUCCUGAUGAUCUUGCUAAGAAACUUAGUAGCCUGCGCACUCUGAUGCUCACCAACUUGUGCUUGAAUCAGUUGCCUGAAUCAAUCGGAGAUCUGAAGCACCUGCGCUGUCUCCAGCUACAGAACACAAGCAUAAAGAGGUUGCCUGAGUCUGUGUCUUACCUCUACAAUCUACAGACCUUGGGGCUCAGGAAUUGCUACCGUCUGAAAGAGCUUCCAAAAGAUACAAGGAAUCUGCUCAAUCUACGGCAUCUCGAUCUUCAUCUCGAUCAAAAUUCAAGAGUCUCAUUGGCACCAGAAGACACCAAUACCAGUGGUGAAUUGAGAUGCAUGCCGCCAGAAAUUGGAUCACUGACUCAUCUCAGGACACUGCCAAGGUUUAUUGUGAGCACAAGGCCUGAGUGUGGUUUAUCUCAGUUGAGGUACUUGAACAAUCUCCGUGGCGAACUUGCCAUUGAAAGGCUUGAUCUUGUCUUUGGUGUGGGAGAAGCUGUUGAAGCAAACCUAUCGAGCAAGGAACAUAUCCACAGGCUAGAGUUGACAUGGAAGUACAAUAAUCUAACAGAGGCAGUAGCUCAAAGUGUGGGGAAUGACAGUAGAGAGACCAUACUAAAAUACCUCAGACCUCAUUCCAACCUCAGAGAGAUUGGAAUAGUCGGUUAUGGAGGAGCCAUGUUUCCGACAUGGAUGGGGGAUUCUUCCUUCUACAAUCUAGAAACAGUGCAGAUCUCCCAAACUUACAAUUGUUUGAACCUUCCACCUCUUGGUCAAUUGCCAAAGCUCAAGUAUCUAUUCCUCAAAGAAAUGCAUGGACUGAAGUGCAUGGACUGUUCACUUUGUGGAAAAAACAAGACUCGAUUCCCAGCACUAGAAACUCUACAUCUAGAAAAUAUGUCAGGACUACAAGAAUGGUGGGGGGAUGAUGAUUGUACCUUGCUGUCUCUCCGCGAGCUUAGGAUCAAGAAUUGCAUGGCUUUGGAUCAACUUAGACACAAACUACCUUCUCUGGAAAGGUUAGUGAUUGAAGCAUCAAGAAAUUUUGUUGGCCUACAAGAUUUCCCUGAACUUAAAUCAUUAGAAGUGAAGACGAACGAUGACUGGAUAUGGAGUUCCUGGCCAGUGAUGUCCUUACUCCCCUCUCUCACUCUCAGUGGACUGCAAAGAAGAACCUUGCCCUUCUACGUAGAAGGUCGCCACGCAUUAAUCCGUCGACUAGAAAUCAGCUCUUGCAGCCAAUUAUUAUCCCUGCCGGAUGCUUGGCUACCGGCAGGCCUAUCGGACUUCGCUGUCAGACACUGUUCCGAGCUGCAACAUCUACCCAAAGGACUGACUGAGCUGAGGGAGUUAGAGCAUCUGGAGAUUGAAAACUGCAAGCGACUCAAGUAUCUUCCAGUUGGACUCAGGAACAUGAAUUCACUCACAUACCUUGAGGUCUCAGACUGCCCUGGCCUCUUGUGCUUGCCGACGGAUGGUUUUCCAGCCAAUCUUCGAUUUCUAGGCAUCAGCAACUGCCCUGAGCUAAGGCAGCAGUGUCAAGGGAUGGGAGAUCAAGGCUGGUUCGAUCUUCAGCAUGGCCUCCGAGUGUGGAUAGAUGGCAGGCUAGUGAGUUUCUCCGGUCAUCGCCACCCUCAUGCCCCAGAAGCACCAACAACAUUUAGCUAACAGAACCGUCAUAGUGUGAGGCCACCGAUGGAAGCUCAAGCAAGUAAAUGGGGCUGCCACUGGAUAGCAUAGCAAUGGUAGCACCAAGGUUCGAUUUCCUGGUUCAGAAUUGAGGUGUUCAGCUUCAGAGACAGCAAGUGGAACUGAUUGCUUCAUUACAUAAACCAAUGGCGACAUUCAUGAUAGUGUAAUGGAUAAGAAGUUUUUCCGCAAUUGAAAAAAUGUUGUAUUAUACAGAUAAUUGUUGCAGAAAUAGAUACCUAAACAGAAGGAACAAAACAAAUUAUCCCCCUUUUCA